GCGACUUCGCGAGGUUCAUACAGUGACAGUGGUCAGUGCAGUUAUAUCAUAUCAAUCGGUUCAAGCAUAGUGCCUACUGCCUAAUGAGGAUCUUACAUUUUUAACACGGAUUAUCCCGAGAAAAUAAACUUAAGUUGUAUACUAAUACGCAAAUACGAUUGUAUCAAAAAGAAAUUUAUCAGUCUAAAAAAAGAAUAUUAAUUAACACAAUCAUGUCAGUACUCGCUGGACCUACCACCCAGGGUUUUAUUAAACUUAAAAUGUCAAAACAAGAUUAUGUUACUGGUAUGGAAACUUGUGAAUUUACAUAUGAGUGGACAAUUGAAAAAUUCAGUCAGAGAAGCACAAAAAAUAUUAAAUCACCGAAUUUUUCAUCUGAUUGUUCUGAUUUUAAUGAUGAAUGGUUUUUGGAAAUAAAUCCUGAAAGAGCUGACCACCAUUAUCUAUCGGUAGUGCUAGAACUUCGAUCUUUCAAUAAUACUUCACCAUUACAAACAAAAUGUAAUUUAUCAGUUAAUAAUGAGAAUGAAGGAACUAAAGCAUAUAAUUUCGGUAACUUUCCAGGAACAAUUAGAUGGGAUACUUCUAGAUCAAACUUUUCGAAUACAUGUUAUUAUUCACAAUCACAAAAUGUUGCAUUAACAAUUUGUUGUACAAUAACAAUGACAAAAAAACAAAUAAAUAAUUGUAAUGGAAUUUUAAGUAAUACAUCACAAUUGACUGCAGACUUGAAAAAACUUUUGUUAAAUGAACAAUCAACUGAUGUUACUAUUAAAGUGGGUCAAAAAUCAUUUCGUGCAAUCAAAGGAAUUCUUGGAGCACGCAGUCCUGUUUUUGCUGCAAUGUUUAAUCAUAAACAAUUUAAAGAAAAUAAAAACAAUGAAGUUGUCAUUGAAGAUAUUGACGAAAAUGUUUUUGGAGAAUUUUUACUUUAUAUUUAUACUGAUGAAACACCAAAUAUUAAACAAAUGGCAAUGGAACUACUUGCUGUUGCUGAAAAAUAUCAAGUUGAUCGUCUUAAAAAUAUUUGUGAAGAUAUAAUAUGCAAAAUGAUAAAUGUUGAUAAUUUUGCAAUUAUACUUGUUUGUUCUGAUAAAUAUAAUCUUAAAAAAUUAAAUAAAAAAUGUUUAGAAUUUUUGAAAAAAAAUAAACGAGCUGUUUUGUUAAAUGAGACAUUUAAAGUUUACAAAAAAAAACAUCCUCAAGUUUUUUUAAGUGUUCUUGAGCAUUUGCUAUUGGCAUAA